GCCUGGAUAGAAGAUUCCAGUGCAGAGAUUUUACUGCUUUGAGAACCGGGCAUGACGAUUCCUGCAGCUGUCUCACACAACUCUGUUUCUGACCAUUACAUACGGUAACUUUACAUAGAGGAGGUCAGCGCUGGGGGAUCUAUUUGCGAGCAGCUUGAGGGUAACCUGCUGAAUUAUUGAAAGAGGCUAAUAAGCAUUACACAGAGAUGUGGGUGACAAACCUGGUAGCCCUGGUCCUCGUGGCCACUUCAGCUUCAGCUGCCACGUCGGCUUCACCAGACAAAGUGCUGAGUAACCACGCCACCAUCCUGGCUGACAACAGUGCCGAGUUGGCUUUCGGUCUCUACCAGAACAUUGCUAAGGAAAAAGAUGUAGAGAACAUCCUCUUUUCCCCUGUAGUAGUGGCUUCCUCUCUGGGUCUGGUGGCUCUUGGGGGCAAAGCCUCUACCACCUCUCAGGUAAAAAGCAUUCUGAAUGCAGCUAAGGUUAAAGAUGAGCAGCUGCACACUGGUCUGGCCGAGCUCCUGACUGAGGUGAGCGACCCAAAGACCCGCAACGUCACCUGGAAGAUUAGCAACCGCCUGUAUGGACCCAGCUCGGUCACCUUUGUGGAAGAUUUUGUCAAGAGCAGCAAGAAGCACUAUAAUUGUGACCACUCCAAGAUCAACUUCAGCGAUAAGAAGAGCGCGGUGAGCUCCAUCAACGAGUGGGCGGCCAAUUCCACUGAUGGCAAACUGCCCGAGGUCACCAAGGAUGUAGAAAAGACCGACGGGGCCAUGAUCAUCAAUGCUAUGUUUUUCAAACCUCACUGGGAUGAGCAGUUCCAUCAUAAGAUGGUGGACAACCGUGGAUUCAUGGUGUCCCGUAGCUACACUGUUUCAGUACAGAUGAUGCACCGCACCGGUCUCUAUGGCUUCUAUGAUGACACGACCAAUAAGUUAAAUAUCCUGAGCAUGCCUCUGGCUCAUAAGAAGUCCACUGUGGUGUUCAUCAUGCCUUACCAUACGGAACCUCUGGACAGAGUGGAGAAGAUGCUGACCAAGAAGCAGCUGGAUACGUGGAUGGGCAAGCUGCAACAGACAGCAAUAGCCGUGUCUCUGCCCAAAGUCAGCAUGGAAGUCAGUCACAACCUGCAGAAAAGCUUUGGGAAGUUGGGCCUGACAGAGGCUGUGGACAAAUCCAAAGCUGACUUGUCCAAGAUCUCCGGGAAGAAGGGUCUCUACCUGGCCAGUGUGUUCCACGCCUCUGCCUUGGAAUGGGGAACUGAUGGAAACGAAAUGGACAUGAGCGUCUUCAGCACAGACAAGCUGAAAAACCCUAAACUGUUCUACGCCGACCACCCUUUCAUCUUCCUAGUGAAGGACCAGAAAACAAACUCCAUCCUGUUCAUUGGCAGGAUGGUUAGGCCAAAGGGCGAUAAGAUGAGAGAUGAAUUGUAACCACAUUAAGUUAACAGGCUGAAUGCGUGUGUGAGUGUAAAUUUUCUACUGCAAUAUGCUGAGAGAAGUGCAAAUGCAGGUUUCAUAUCACACGAGUGCAUUCCUUUACCUCACAUGCCAACAGCAUUCCACAAUACACGGCUGAAGAGAUGUGUUUAAACAUUUUAUCCUGUGUUUUAGUGAGCAACGCAUUGUGCACACCCUUCCUUUUUAACUUGAAGAUUAUUUGAUAUCACUAUGUGGCUUCUUUUUGCAUUGGCAGAUCACAUUAAGGACUUACAUUAAGUAUAAUUUCCCUGAUUAAUGCCUAAAAUGUAAAUGCAGUAGGACAAUACCUGUCCAAGUCUUGGUCUUUGUAAAAGGUGUACAACAACCUUACUUUUGUAGAGAUUUUAUGGUGCCUGUUGUUUAAUUUAACAAUAUGUUUUAGUUUGUCAAGCACGGCUGGUUUCAAUUUGUUAACUCAAAGGAUCUUCACAAUUGUUUGCCCAUCAUUUGCACUGCUUUCCACCACAAGCAUAUAUUUUUAACCAAAAGGCUACAUUGCUGUUUUUCUUAUUGACCCUCCCCGAAUGCACUGAUCUGCACUGGCAAACAAACCAAAUUAUGGCUGAUUUAAUAAGAACUAUCUAUGAUACAAUGUGUAAACAAUGUUCAAAAUAUGGUUUUAGACUGUAGUGAAUUUUGUUUUGCAAUAAAAGUGUGAGAAAAACCAAA